AUUUAUAUUGUUUCAUAGCGAAACAGUUAACUAAAAAUUAUUAUAUUAUUUUGUGAUAAUGAAACCAUAUUGUAAUUUGUAAGUUCAAUUUGAAUCACGAGCUUAAAAACAAUAUUAGGUACAAGAAUUGACAUUCAUUAAGAAGAAUUGUGCCAUAAAGAACAAAAGCUUCGAUUAAAUAUAAAUAAUAAUAAAUUAAUCUUAAUGUUCUGCUGGAUUGACAAUCAUGACGCGACUAAGAGGCAGAGCCUCUUUAAUGAUCAUUAUAAUGAUCAGUUUUACCCUAUUGAUUAUUAUUUAUCAUAUUCUCGGUAAUGAGGUCAAGGACAUUACGUCCAAUAAAUUAAGUCCACGACUUAAAAUGGAAGAAGUUUAUCCAUUAAGUGAUCUCACAGAGAAUCCUCUUAGUAUUGCCAGAAAACAACAAAUAGAGGCUCAUAUAAUGGAAAAAUUAAAAAGUGGUGGAGGCAAACUAUUCAGUGAUUUCAAUUAUGGUAAAUCACAUAUAGAAGUUCCCUUGUUCAAAGGUCAUAAAAUUGUACAUUUGGAUUUAAAGGGUGCUCCUCCAAAAGCAAGUUAUUAUAAGUACCUGCUACGUUUGCUCAAAAAAUUAGGUGCCACUGGUAUACUUAUAGAAUAUGAGGAUAUGUUUCCUUUUGAAGGAAUAAUACAAAAUAUCAGUGCAGGUAAUUGUUAUACCAAGAGGGAUAUUACUAACAUUCAAAAAAUAGCUAACGAGAAUCAGCUCAUAGUUAUACCAUUGAUUCAAACUUUUGGUCAUAUGGAAUUUGUUCUAAAAUUAGAUAAAUAUAAAGAUUAUAGAGAAGUUUCACGUUAUCCACAAGUUUUAUGUCCUACAUAUAAUAAAACUCUUCCAUUGAUAUAUGAAAUGAUAGAUCAAAUAAUAGAAGCGCAUCCUGAUAUAAAGCAUUUACAUAUUGGAGCUGAUGAAGUUUAUCAAAUAGGAGAAUGUUCGAGAUGUUCAGAUAUAAUAAUUAAAAAACAAUGGGAUAAAAAACAAUUAUUCUUGGAUCAUGUUUCAAAAGUAGCAAAGUAUAUAAAAAAUAAAUAUCCAGAACUUACAAUUCUUAUGUGGGAUGAUGAAUUUAGAGAAAUAGCAUCUGAAGAAAUAAUAGACAGAGGUUUACAUUUAAUGGUAGAACCUGUCGUUUGGAAAUAUACUACUGAUCCUGGAGUAUCAUUAACAAAUCAAUUGUGGGAAAGCUAUGCAUCAGUUUGGAAGAAUAUUUGGAUUGCUACAGCUUUCAAAGGUGCCACUGCACCAGAUAGAUAUUAUACAGAUAUUGCUUAUCAUAUAGAAAACCAUCAACGUUGGUUAGAAAUUAUUAAUAGAUAUUCUGCUCAGAUUAGAUUUAAGGGUGCAAUUUUAACUGGGUGGCAAAGAUAUGAUCAUUUUAGUGUACUUUGUGAACUUUUACCAUCUGCCAUACCCUCACUUGCUGUAAAUUUAGCUAUCUUACAAGCUCCAGAUUUAUGUAGAUUCCCAAUAGAAGUACCUACUUCAGUAUUACAAGCUUUACAAUGUGAGGGUAUCAUUUCUUUAAAUAUUCCAGAACCUCAAUAUGGUUGGACCAAAUGUAAUUAUCAUGGUGUAUCUAUUUAUGCUGCCACAUUGAGAUUAUUUUCUUUGACUCAAGAAGUCAAUAAAAUGGAGCAGGAUAAUACCUUUAAAGGAUGGUUGAAAUCAUACAAUUUAAAAUAUGCAUUUUCAAAUCCUAGUCAUGUAGAAAGAGCAAUUGCUGAUUUAGAUAAAUAUAAGAUGGAAAUAAUGUAUAUUGAGAAAGAAAUAAGAUCAUCUAUGGAAAAUAUAUAUGAUAAUUAUACCAUACAAGAGUGGAUAGAAACAUAUAUUGAUCCUUUAAAUGAGAAAUUAACUCAAUUAUGGGAGGCUAAAGAAAAAAUUUUAGAAAAGAACAUAUGGCCAAGAAGACCAUUAACAAAAUCUGAUUUAUAACUAAACGAAUAAUUUCCAUACAAUGUAAUAUGAGACUGAAGAUCGCACUAGAAUAAACAAAGAAACGAUAUAUUAAUCGAGA